AAAGGCUUAAACACAGAUAAAAAGUGUAGCUCGAUGAAUCGUUUGGUAGUAAUUCUUGUGCCUUCGCUUUAUCGAGAAUUCGUCUUUUGACUCCCGGACGAACGCUCUUCUUUUAGAUUGUGCGGAUCUAAUUUGUUCCAUAAACAACAAAGAAAAUGCCUGGUCAGCUGGAGGAAGUUGAAGGAAAGCAUGCCACUUUUGGUAUGGGAUGCUUCUGGGCUGGUGAUUCCCUCUUUGGAGCAUUACCCGGUGUUAUAAGGACUUGUGUAGGUUAUUCCGGUGGUACUAAGGAGACGCCAACAUAUAAAAACAUAGGUGACCAUACAGAAGUUAUUGAUAUUGAAUUUGACCCAGAUGUUGUAUCAUACGCGCAAUUACUUAGUAUAUUUUGGAAUAACCAUGAAUAUAGUUUAAUAACAAAAAUUAAACGACAGUAUAUGUCAUUAAUUUUAUAUCACGAUGAAGAACAAAAGAUGAUAGCUGAAAAAUCAAAAGACCACGAACAACGUGAACGUGGAGAAACAUUUGUCACCGAGAUUAAACCAUUUGAAAAAUUUUAUCCAGCAGAAGAUUAUCAUCAAAAGUAUCGUCUUCAAAAUCAUCCAUGGUUAAUCGAAACUACCGGUCUUACAACAGGUGAGAUAUUACGUACUUCACCUUUAGCAGCUAAAUUGAAUGGGUAUAUAGCAGGAGUUGGAUCAUUAGAGCAACUUGAAAAAGAUUUACCAAAUUUUGGACUUAGUGACAAAGCUGCACAGUAUAUAAAAAAAUAUCUUAUUAAAAAUCAAGGAACUGGUCUAUAUUGUUAGUUUAUUAAAUAAAUGAAAUUAAUUCUACUGGAAAAACGUAGACUGACGAAAUUAGUUCCUUACUGCAAGGAAAUCUGUUGUUUAAUUUAGUUUAAUUUAUAAAACUUUGUUAUAAAUUGAUUCAUAGAUACAAAAUGUUACUUCUGCUCAAAUUAAAUAUGACGUAUUUAUUAUAAAAUCUAAAUAAUAGUAUUAUAGCAAAUCAUAUUUUUUUCUCUUUUUAUAUCAUGUUGUAAGAUAUAGAUAGUUAAAGUUACACGCAAUAGUUUUAUGCAUACUACAAACACCUUCUUUUCAUGUAUGAUGAUAUUUCAUAUUUUUAGUUAUUUUACAUCCACAGUAUUAUCCAUACUUCUAUUGAGAGUAUAAGAAUAAAAGAGAGUACCAUCAUGGAUAUUAUAUAUAUAUAUAUAUAUAUAUAUAUAUAUAUAUAUAUAUAUAUAUAUAUAUAUGACGUGUUAACGUAAACAGAAACAUACGUGUUCUCAUUGAAUUUUUUUAAACCAUCAUUAAGUGUACAGUGCUAUAUAAUAGUGUACUUGUAUGCUAUAGUUUAAAAAGAUAUUACUUACACAGAAGCAAUUUUUAAAUAUCACGAAUAUAUUUUAAUACAAAUAUAAUAGCGAUUAAACCAAUUGAGAAAAGUAGCUGUACAAUAGAGUAUAGGUAGUACAUUUGUAAAAGUAUCUUUACAGAGAAGAUGAAAUUAUAUUUUAAAGUGCUUAUUAUAUUGUGAACAUUUAUAUUUCAUAGAAUUUUUAUCAUAUAAAAAUCUAAGUUGUAAUGAUAAUCAAAUUAAAUCUAUAUUAUAUUGUUUCUAA